AUGGACGUGGACUCGCGCAUGACGACGGAGUCCGACUCCGACUCCGACGCGACCACCGCCGCUGCGCUGGGCCGAGGCUCGGGGAGCGAGACCUCCUCCUCGUCCGCCCCGUCGACGCCCGGGACGCCCGCGGCGGCCCCGGCCUCGCCGGCCGUCGCGGGAUCGGGGCCGAGGCCGGCGCCAGGGUACACCGCGGUGAACGCGGUGAUCGACAAGAAGGAGGACGGCCCGGGGUGCCGCUGCGGCCACACGCUCACGGCGGUGCCGGCCGUCGGGGAGGAGGGCUCGCCUGGCUACGUCGGGCCGCGGCUCAUCCUCUUCGGCGGGGCAACCGCGCUAGAGGGCAACUCUGCAACGCCUCCCUCCUCAGUUGGCAGCGCCGGGAUCCGUCUUGCCGGUGCCACAGCAGAUGUCCACUGUUACGAUGUGUUAUCAAAUAAGUGGAGCAGGCUUACUCCACUUGGUGAGCCUCCUUCACCAAGAGCUGCACAUGUAGCAACCGCGGUUGGAACCAUGGUUGUCAUUCAGGGUGGAAUUGGCCCAGCUGGUUUAUCUGCGGAGGACCUUCAUGUUCUAGAUCUUACACAACAGAGACCGCGAUGGCACAGAGUGGUGGUUCAAGGACCUGGUCCAGGUCCACGAUAUGGACAUGUGAUGGCCUUGGUUGGACAGAGGUUCUUGUUGACAAUAGGUGGAAAUGAUGGGAAGCGGCCUCUGGCGGAUGUAUGGGCUCUUGAUACGGCUGCUAAGCCAUAUGAAUGGAGGAAACUUGAACCAGAAGGUGAAGGACCACCACCAUGCAUGUAUGCCACUGCCAGUGCACGAUCUGAUGGUCUACUUUUACUCUGCGGUGGGAGGGAUGGUAAUAGUGUGCCACUAUCAAGUGCAUAUGGUCUCGCGAAACAUAGAGAUGGGCGCUGGGAGUGGGCAAUAGCCCCUGGUGUCUCUCCAUCACCAAGAUACCAACAUGCAGCUGUUUUCGUGAAUGCACGUCUUCAUGUGUCAGGAGGUGCUCUUGGAGGUGGUCGGAUGGUAGAGGACUCCUCAAGUGUUGCAGUGCUAGACACGGCUGCUGGAGUUUGGUGCGACACGAAGUCAGUUGUCACAACUCCCAGGACAGGAAGAUAUAGUGCGGAUGCAGCAGGAGGUGAUGCUGCUGUUGAACUUACACGACGGUGUAGGCAUGCAGCAGCUGCUGUUGGCGACUUAAUAUUCCUUUAUGGAGGUUUACGGGGAGGUGUAUUGCUAGAUGAUCUUCUUGUGGCCGAAGAUCUUGCUGCCGCAGAAACGACAACUGCUGCUAAUCACGCAGCGGCAAGUGCAGCAGCUACUGACACACAAGCUGGAAAGGCACCUGGAAGAUAUGCUUACAAUGAUGAACGUACAAAACAGGCAGCUUCAGAAUCAGCUCCAGAUGGAUCUGUAGUUCUUGGAACACCAGUUGCUCCUCCUCUUAAUGGGGACAUGUAUACUGAUAUUAGCCCUGAGAACGCCGUGCCGCAGGGACAGAGGAGAUCAAGUAAAGGUGUUGAUUACUUGGUCGAAGCAUCAGCAGCAGAGGCAGAGGCAAUUAGUGCUACUUUAGCUGCUGUAAAGGCUAGGCAGGUUAAUGGUGAGGCAGAAGAGUUGUCUGACAAGGAGCAGUCUCCAGAUUCUUCAUCAAGCAACAAACAUUCAAGUCUCAUUAAACCAGACACUGCACUUUCAAAUAACAUGACACCUCCACCUGGUGUUCGGUUGCACCAUAGAGCUGUGGUAGUGGCUGCGGAAACUGGAGGUGCCUUAGGUGGCAUGGUCAGACAGCUUUCGAUUGACCAGUUUGAAAAUGAAGGAAGAAGGGUCAGCUAUGGCACACCUGAGAAUGCAACUGCUGCAAGGAAGUUGCUUGACCGCCAGAUGUCCAUUAAUAGUAUUCCCAAAAAGGUGAUUGCAUCUCUGUUGAAACCUCGCGGCUGGAAGCCUCCCGUGCGAAGGCAGUUCUUCUUGGACUGCAAUGAGAUUGCAGAUCUGUGUGACAGUGCUGAGAGAAUAUUUUCAAGUGAACCAAGUGUUUUGCAACUUAAAGCUCCCAUUAAAAUAUUUGGUGAUUUACAUGGUCAAUUUGGUGACCUUAUGCGAUUGUUUGAUGAGUAUGGUUCUCCUUCAACGGCUGGAGACAUCGCGUACAUUGAUUAUCUUUUCUUGGGUGAUUACGUGGAUCGUGGGCAGCACAGUUUAGAAACUAUGUCCCUCCUUCUUGCUUUGAAGGUUGAAUAUCCGCAAAACGUACAUUUAAUUCGUGGAAAUCAUGAGGCCGCUGAUAUUAAUGCUUUAUUUGGCUUCCGAAUAGAGUGUAUAGAGCGAAUGGGCGAAAGAGAUGGCAUCUGGACAUGGCAUCGUAUGAAUAGGCUAUUUAACUGGCUUCCUUUGGCUGCACUCAUAGAAAAGAAAAUUAUCUGUAUGCAUGGUGGUAUCGGUCGCUCAAUCAACCAUGUAGAACAGAUCGAGAAUCUUCAAAGACCAAUUACCAUGGAAGCAGGCUCGGUUGUCCUCAUGGAUCUUCUAUGGUCUGAUCCAACAGAAAAUGACAGCGUUGAAGGAUUAAGACCAAAUGCUCGGGGGCCUGGUCUUGUUACAUUUGGGCCUGAUCGUGUUAUGGAGUUCUGUAACAACAACGACCUUCAAUUAAUUGUACGAGCACAUGAGUGCGUGAUGGAUGGCUUUGAGCGCUUUGCUCAAGGCCACCUGAUCACUCUUUUCUCAGCAACAAAUUAUUGCGGUACUGCAAACAAUGCUGGUGCAAUCUUAGUUUUGGGUAGAGAUCUUGUAGUUGUUCCAAAACUAAUUCAUCCUUUGCCUCCUGCAAUCACAUCACCUGAGACCUCACCAGAUCAGAUCGAAGAUACAUGGAUGCAGGAGCUGAAUGCAAAUAGGCCAGCAACUCCAACCAGGGGCCGUCCCCAAGCAGCAGCAGCGGCAACGGCAAAUGAUCGAGAGAAAAUGAUUUAUGUUCAAGAGACUGGUUUUAGCCCACAGCCAUGCCAAAAUAGAAUCAUCUACAAGAAAGUGGAAGUUACUACAAAGAUGAGGAAUAUAACUUCAUCUAGGUCAGCGCUAAUUAUGAGCUCUCCAAGCUGUUUCCCUAGCAUGAGAAGUAUGGCAUAUCAACUCAGAGCUUCUCUGAAGAUCCGCUGA